GCUGCGAAAAUGUAAGCAAUCGAUCGCUAUGGCUGAGCGAAAUAUCGAUGCUUCGAUCGAGAUCCAAUGCGCGUGUUGGAUGGAUUGUCUUCGUUCUGGUGAGGAGAUUUAUUUCGCCUCCGGCAGGGCAAUCCGAGGUAUCGCGGGUUGUGGCAGCACUGAAAUCGUGCAAAGAUUUGGACAUCGGGAGGAGGAUUCACAGAGAUGCUGCUGGAAGAGGGCUGGACACGAAUGUUUACGUUGCCGGGAGCUUGGUUUCGAUGUACGCCAAGCACGGGAGCAUGGUGGAUGCCCAAAGGGUCUUUGAUAGAAUGGCUCGUCCAGACGUGGUCUCCUGGAAUUCGCUGAUAUUCGGCUAUGCAAACAACGGGCAUGGAGGUAUGGCUCUGGAUUCUUUUGGACUGAUGCAAAGGAAAGGCUUCGUUCCAAAUGCCAGGACUUUUGUUGCGGCUCUGAAAGCUUGCAGCGCUCUCGCAAGUCAAGAACAGGGUCAGGAGCUGGGUGGAAAAGCUCUAAAAAUCGGAUCUUUGCAGAAGGGUCUCACGAUUUACGACCAAGCUGUGAAGAUCGGCUGUGACUCGGACAUUUUUGUUCCAAAUGCGGCAGUGGAUCUUUUCGCGAAAUGUGGGAGCUUGAAAGAAGCCCGGAGAGUUUUUGACGGUAUGACGCAGCGGGACGUCGUUACUUGGAAUUCAGUCAUGGUGGGACACGGUGACAAUGGUGAACCAGAGUCGGCUCUAGAGUUAUUCCAGGAGAUGAAAGCUCGGGGCUGUCAGCCAAACGCUCGGAGCUACGUUGCUGCAGUGAAGGCUUGCACAAGUCUGGCAUCAAAAGAGGAGGCUGUGCGACUUUCGGGCAAACAUGAAGUAAAAGUUCGCUCACUGGAGAGAGGAAUGGCUAUACACGCCGAAGCUGCUAAAGGUGGUCUCGAGUUGGAGUACUUCGUCGCAAACACGCUGGUGGAUUUCUACGUCAAGUGUGGGAGCUCGGCAGACGCUCGCAGAGUUUUUGACAAGAUGCCACUGCACGAUGUGGUGUCCUGGACGGCGCUGGUGCUGGGCUACGCUGAAAAUGGUGAAGGCAAGGUGGCCUUGGAUCUCUUCGAGGACAUGCAACGUCGGGGCUGUACACCGAAUGCUUGGACCUUCCUCGCCGCUCUGAAGGCCUGUAGCUGCGUGGUGGCUGUCGAGUACGUCAAAGCAGUCCUCGCGGAUAUCUACAGCUCUUCUUUGACACACUCUGCAAAACAAACUCCAUCACCUGGACUUCGAUCAUAUCUGGAUACACUUCGCAAGGGGACGCAGAGAACGCCUUUGUUUUUUUCAAGAAGAUGCGAGACGAAGGGAAAACGGUACUUCGAGAUGAUGAGCACCGACUAUGGUUUAACUCCCGGGAUCCAGCACUACACCUGCAUGGUGGAUAUCUUGGCCAGAGCAAACGAACUAGACGCGGCAGUGGCAAUGGUGAAAACGAUGCCUUUCGAAGCGGACUCUGUGACAUGGAGGACGGUUUUAAGCUCUUGCCGGAAGUGGAAAAACUUGGAGAAAGGAAAGGUCGCGUUUGAGGCUCUGGUUAAGCUGGAAGAGGGCGACGUCUCGGCCUAUAUGCUGAUGGGAAGCAUCUACGGCAGCCAGGGAAUGUGGGAGGAGCAGAGCCGAGUCGAGGCAAUGAGAACGAGAGCUCGAGCGUGGAAGAAGUUUGAGCCGGCACAGAGCUGGUGGGUCGAUCCAGCGGGAAGAGUUCACUCCUUUUUAGCUGCUGGAGAGAAGAAUCAUCCGCAGAGGGACGAGAUCCAGGCGAAGCUGAGCAGCCUUGUGCUGAGAAUGAAGGACCAAGGCUACGUUCCAGACUUUGGAAGCUUGAAUAACGCCAGCAGCAGGAUUUCUAGCGAGGAGAAAGAGGACGCUUUGUGCGGGCACAGCGAGAGGCUAGCGAUCGCUUGCGCGCUCAUCAACACGGCCCCAGGCGCGACGAUCAGAGUGACCAAGAAUCUGAGAGUAUGCGACGAUUGCCACAGGGCGAUUGGAUUGAUCUCCAAGAUCGAGCAGCGGGCGAUAAUUUGCAGGGACGCGAGCCGCUUCCAUUCUUACAAAGAUGGAGCGUGCUCUUGUAACGAUCACUGGUAGAAAUCGGGCGCUAACGUUAACGCGCCAGUUUUAAAAUUUGAAACUAAGCAUAUUUUUUAUGCUUCCAA